CGACAAAGAACUCAAGGGAAAGAUGCAUCCUCUUCUCAUUGGUACUCUUGUAUUCGUUAUAUUGGGAGUUGUCGGAACUCUUGUUGUUUUAGCGCUCUACAAGUGUAAGAAAAUGUCUCGAACCGCAGCAGAAGCCGGAGUGAUUAUCGCGAUUCUCUCUGCGGUGUGUAUGUGGAUGAUUUGGAGUUGCGUGUAUAUGAUGCAGAUGAAUCCUCUCCUAGCGCCCAUAAAGAACGAAGCUGGUUCUAGAUAAGAAUUGUGCCCUAUAU